UAAUGAAUCUGAUGGAUCAUCCUAAUAUUAUUCGCUUGCUUAAUGCUUUUACUCCACAAAAUACGUUGGAAGAGUUUGACGAUUUAUAUUUGGUUAUGGAACUUAUGAAUGCUAGUCUUUGUCAAGUAACUGCUAUGGACCUUGAUCAUGAACGUCUCUCAUUUCUUCUUUAUCAGAUGCUUUGUGGAAUAAAUUAUUUGCAUAAAGCGUCAAUUGUUCAUAGAGAUAUAAAACCUAGUAAUAUUGUGGUCAAUUAUCAAUGCCGAUUAAAGAUUCUUGAUUUUGGACUUGCUCGUAAUGUCGAGGAUGAAAAUAUUGUAUUUUUCCCUGGCAAUGACUACAUCGACCAAUGGACAAAAAUUGUUGAUGGUCUAGGAUCGCCUGACAAUGAUUUUACAAAGCUGUUAACGCCAGAAGUUCGAAAUUAUAUUUUGAAACUUCCUUAUGUCGCAACUCGUGAUUGGAAAGAAAUAUUUCCUGAUAGUAUAUUCCCAAAGAAUAUUAAUGACCGAUUAAAUGCUGAAAAUGCUCGCGAUUUAAUAUCUAGGAUGCUUGUUUUAAAUCCUCUGCAGAGGUUUAAUAUAUUUUUUAUAAGAAAUAAUUUUUAUAUAAAAAUAUUAAGAAUCACUGUAUCCGAUGCUUUGAAAUUUCCUUACGUCAGUCUGGUUUUUGAUGGUCCGCCACCACCUCCAUAUAUUGAUCCUGACCAUUCACCGGAUCUUUCCCUGGAACAAUGGAGAGAGUUGCUUUUCAAGCAGAUCAAAGAUUAUGAGAAUACUCAUGACAUUUUUGGCAUUCAAAGCAAUCCAGUACCCAAUGAGAUGAGUGAAGAUGAAAAUUCAUGA